CACGGCAGCUUUUCUGCAGAAUACCGAGGUGGCGCCACAUUCCCAGUCCAUGGGAGGCACGGAUUCAAAUAGUCGACCAAGUCCUCGGAGCUCUCGGAGCGCCUCCCAGGCCCCCUGAGGAAUCUUUCGGAGCAUUCGGAGUGUUCAGAGCUUUCAGAGUCCCACAUGUGAGCAGCCGACGCUGCCGCAGUCGGCUCAGCAGCGCUCGUCCCCGUGUGCUGUCAAAAGACAGCGUCAGUGAAAGGAGAAUCUUUGUGCGGUUUUGAGUUUGUCACGACGUGGUUCUUUUGUGAUCGCUGUUGCUUAUUGCGGUGCAGCUUGUUGGAUAGCUCUACGGCACGCCACAGCUCUGUGGAUUUAUCUGCAUUUGCGAUAGGAUGGACCAGGUCAGCAUUGUUUUGACUUCUUGAGCAAUGCCUACCCGCUGCACAGGGGACACCGAAAGUGACUGUCAAGCUACUUGAAAGCCGUUUGUCAGUAUGGAGACGAGCUGAACACAGGACUGGGAACACAGCCGCCACCGCCCUUGCCGAAGUUGUAGUAGAGUACAACUGCACCGAGCGGCGGGCGUUCCUCGGGCCUCCCCCUCGCGCGGCGCGCGAUGGACCACUCGGUGAAGGCGAUGCACCGCAAGGCGGCCUUCUCGAGACUGCUGCGCGGCCGGCGCUUCGAGAACGCCGACCUGGAGCAACUGUACCAGCGGUACACUUUCAAGCUGCAGCAGUCCUCGAUCGCCAGCGUCCUGGGACUGCUGGUGACGCUGAACGUGACGCUGGCCUCGAUCGACUUGGCCUACCGGCGCGGCUCGCCCUCCCUCCUCGGUCUGCUGCACCUGGUGCACGGCCUGCUGUUCCUGGGCGCCUUCAGCUUCAUGGCCCUGCGCAGACUCGAGGACUCCGCCCUGCUGGCCCUGUGUCACGGCGCGCUGGCGCUCGCCUCCACCUUCUCGCUGCUGUCCAUGCCGUGGUCGGUGGGCGACGGCUUCUGGCAGCUGCGGCGGGGCGGCCCGGCCGACGGCCUCUGGGAGCUGCUGUUCGUGCUCUUCCUGUCGUACACCAUGCUGCCGGUGCGCACCAGGGUGGCGCUGCUGCUGGGUGCAGCCCUGUGCGUCGUGCACACGCUGUGCGCCGUCUUCUGCGCCCACGUCCCGCCUGGACAGGACAGGACGGUGCAGGUUGCUGCCAACGUGCUGGUGUUUGUGUGUGGGCACCUGGUGGGGGUGUUUGUGCAUUCCAUCAUGGAGCAUGCACAACGGAAGGCCUUUCUGGACACGCGGAACUGUAUCAACGCCCGUCUGCACAUGGAGGAUGAGAAUGAGAAACUCGAACGACUACUGCUGAGUGUGUUGCCACAACAUGUCGCCAUGGAAAUGAAAGAAGACAUCAUAGCUCCUCGAGCUGGCCAGUUUCACAAAAUCUACAUACAAAAACAUGAAAACGUCAGUAUCCUGUUCGCUGACAUUGUUGGCUUCACAGUGCUGGCCUCUCAGUGCAGCGCCCAGGAGUUGGUUAGGCUCCUGAAUGAGCUGUUUGGUCGCUUUGACCAGCUGGCCAACGACAACCACUGUCUGCGCAUUAAAAUCUUGGGUGACUGCUACUACUGUGUGAGCGGCUUGCCUGAGCCUCGUUCAGACCAUGCUCACUGCACUGUUGAGAUGGGGCUAGACAUGAUUGAUGCUAUAGCGUCGGUAGUGGAGGCCACUGAGGUGCAGCUCAACAUGCGGGUGGGAAUUCACACGGGCCGGGUGCUGUGUGGAGUACUGGGUCUACGCAAAUGGCAGUAUGACGUCUGGUCCAACGACGUAACUUUGGCCAAUGCAAUGGAGGCUGGUGGCAUCCCAGGGCGUGUACACGUGACAGAGGCAACUGUGGAGUGUCUGCACGGCGAGUACCAGUUGGAACCAGGCAGAGGGCAGGAGCGCAACAGCUACUUGCGUGAACACAAUGUCAACACAUUCUUCAUUCGACCACCUGCACACAGGAGAAAGCAGACGAUGCUGUUUAACCAGCUGCACGUCCGACGCAUGGCUGGCCGCAAGCUGUCAUUCAAGAAUGUCUCCAAUGUCGUGGUGCAGCUGUUGCACUCUAUCAAGUACAGCAUUGAUGUGCCCUUUGCCAACAUGGCAAUGCCUGGCCCCAGUGGUACAGCUGAGAAGCAGCCAAGCAAGAAGUUCAAGAUGACCGAUAAACUUCACAAACCACUAAAGAAAAGGCAUUCUGUGGUAUACCAUCAACCAAGCAAUCGCAUAAAUAAGUACCUGGCACAGGCCAUCGAGGCCCGCAGUGUGGACCGAGAGAAAUCCAAUCAUGUCAACAUGGUCACCCUCUGGUUCAAGGACAAGACCAAGGAGGAACAGUACCACCGUGAGAAGGAUCACGGCUUUGGCAACAGCCUCGCUUGCAUCCUAGGAGUACUUCUCUUGCUGAGUGGAGUAGAGGCCACUGUGCUACCAAGGACUCUGAUUCUCGUGGUGCUGUCGGUGACUGCAUUUGUAUGUGUCUCCCUGUUUCUCAUCUUAGUCCUGGCUGCACAACUCAGGUGCAUCCAUUGGGACAUCAGCCGUAAUUUCGUUCUGCGAAUGUUCAUCACAAUCCUCUCAUUGCUGCUCAUCUAUUCUGUAGCCCAAGUCAACAUGGUGUCGUGUAUGGCUGACUGCCACAAGGAAGCAAAUGAGACGACGGCAGUGCCUGCCAGGCCUCACGGUGCAGAGUGGCCGCAUCGGCUGUGCCCACUGCCCCAGUACCUGGUAGUGUGCUGCCUGCUGACGCUGCUACCUGCCUCAGCCUUCCUGCGCCUACCACUCUUGGUCAAGGUGUUGCUGCUCUGCCCCAUGGGCAUUGCCUUUCUUGCCCUCGUCGAGAUCUCACAUGCACAGGUGUUCUUCUGCUACGACCAAAAUGCCCACACAUUGGUACCGCUGCAUGUACUAGCUGUAGUGGGCAUUGUCCACAUGCUGAUGGCUGUGCUCAUCCAUGGUCGCCAAGUAGAGUGGACAGCUCGCCUCGAUUUUCUUUGGAGCCUGCAGGCCAAUGAAGAAAAACAGGAAAUGCACGACCUAGAGAGCAGCAAUCGAAGAAUAUUAUUCAAUCUACUUCCUGCGCACGUGGCCACACAUUUUCUGGACAAUCAGCUAAGGAAUAACAUGGAGUUGUACCAUCAGUCAUACAGCCGUGUGGGUGUCAUGUUUGCCUCCAUCCCGAACUUCCACGAGUUCUACAUGGAACUGGAUGGCAACAAUCAAGGUGUUGAGUGCUUGAGGCUUCUGAAUGAGAUCAUCGCGGAGUUUGACCAGCUGCUGGAUGGUGAUCAGUUCCGAGCGAUUGACAAGAUCAAGACAACUGGCAGUACAUACAUGGCUGCCAUUGGGCUCAUGCCUGACGCACGAAUCGGGGAUGACCAUGAAUCUGCUGCCAGCUACAUGAGUACCAUGGCAGAGCUUGUGUUCACCAUGAAGGACUGCCUUGCUGACAUCAAUGAAAAUUCUUACAACAACUUCAUGCUUCGUGUUGGGCUCAACAUUGGUCCUGUAGUGGCAGGAGUGAUUGGAGCCCGCAAGCCACAGUACGACAUCUGGGGAAACACAGUCAACGUGGCCAGCCGCAUGGACUCCACGGGCCUGCCCAACCAUACUCAGGUGACCGAAGAAGUCUAUCAGCUGCUUCGAGACGGACCCUACCUGUUCCAGUGCCGUGGGAAAGUCAAGGUGAAGGGCAAAGGAGAAAUGACAACAUACUUUCUCAUGGACCGCAAGACCAACUGCUCAGCGUCCAGCCCAAGGGAGGACGGCGUCUCUGGGGGCCAUCCUAGCACAGUGCCUCAGCAGGAGGAUAAUAGCCUCUCUGGAAGUCUGCCUCCGCACUUAAGCUCAAACUCCCUGCAGCUGAGAAGAGAAAGUGGGUCCACUCCCAACAGUUGGGCAGGGCAGCACCAAAAGGCAGCACCACUGGCACCUCAUGAUGAUGUUCUACCAUACACCCAGCCCAAGCCCAUCAUUGUCUCAAGCACGCCUCCGCAUGGGUCCAGAUCGAGAGUGAAAACUGGAGUGUCUUCCAAGCCAGAGUCCCUUACACGUGGUGACCCCUGGGAGAGUUUGAAACAAAUAAGGGUGCCUCCUCCCUCGCUACCUGGUGACCAAAGUGAGGCUGUGCUGACUGAUGACUGCAGCCUCGACCCCCGGUCAGAAAGUGCAAGCAGUCACCUUGAUGACAGGAAUUCUAGCAGUGGUAGUCUCAUUAUGGAAAGUAGCUGUUUAAAUGACCAGCCGUCAUCGCCACAUGGAAGCUUGCCCGGUCCUGGCUUUCCCUUGCUGUUGUUAAAAAACUCGCACUGUCCUCAAGCAAACUGUAUGUACCCGUAUUCUCAAUCUAUGGGCGACUAUGAGGCAAGUCCCAAUUUCAUUGGCCAAGGUCUCCCUCAAGUUGGUCGCUCUCCUAGCCACAAUGUUAGACAGUCACAUGAUGGUAAGUUAAGUCACACAUUGCCAGAAGCAGCAGCUCCCAACACAAGGCAGGAUCCAGAGCUUGCAGUGUAUUUCACAAACUCUUCAGCAUCACGUAAACGAACUCAUGAAGAGGCAGUUCGCAACGCGGUGGCAUCACCUCCGGUCGACUCUCCAGAGCAGGUGCCUCGUAAACAGCUCUGCAACUCAAGUCCGGCAUCACAGAGACUUGUCUGGCAGCAUGGCAAGGUCAGGGCUCCACUCCUGUCUAUGCGCCACGACGCUGAUGAGUUACCUAUGGAAGACUAUCUGGAAAAUGGGAACUGCAGUGUGGCAGUUCAGCCAAGAUAUGCCGUGGGCGACAUUCUCAACGGAAAUUCUCCACGUGUUCUCAUGAGGCUUGACGAGGACUCUGCGGGCAUCGCGCUACGAUUGGCCGAAGCAGGCCACCCUCUCAGUGGGCCACUGUUGCACCUUGACUCGCGAAGCAGCUGGAGCAACGAUGGUUCGAGCGAGGCAGACGAGGAAGGAGCCCCGCUAAUGGACAAUCACGGUGGUGGCUACACAACAGAUGACGCGUCACUUGCCAAUGACCAAGGGCUAACAGACGCGGAGGGGGCCCUAAGCGACCUCAACUCGCUCCUCAAUGACGCUGGCCACGAAGGGGAUGACACGAGUAUCUCCUCACGCGCCAGCAGCCGCUUGCUCAGCAUUGACUCACUCAGUGUUACUUAUGACUCAGAGUAUGACAACUAUGGAGUUGGUUUCAAUGGUGCCAUGGGCCGCACUGAGGACCUGAGGUCACUCACUGACUGCAUAGCUCGCAACUUCGGCCAUUGCGUGAGUGACAACGAAGACAGUGACGUGCUUGCCUGAUACUUCUCUCCAGCCCCCCUUUGCACCCAAAUAGCCUAAUUGGUGACAACUACGUUAUCUUUCUGGCUCUUUUAAAAAAUGACUCUCGUGUUGACAUGCUCAGUAUACAUAAAUGCACAUCUUCUUCAUGUGUUAAUUUCUGCCACAGCUUGUGUAGUAAUUUCAUGUUUAUUCAAGCUUUAUCCUUCUGUAAUGUUCACUUCUCAGGAUACAUCUCAACUGUCUGAAAGACAGACUAUCUCACCCUAAAUGCACAAUAUUAGAGAGUGAACGAAAGGAUUGGCCACAAUUCAUUGCUCUGUAAACAUAAUUCGCAAUUAUAUGUUCGUAAAAUGCUAGGACCCAAGGCCAGCCAGAUUACAUAAGGCAGUGGUAGACGAACAUGAUGCAAUUUUGUUUCGCUCUUUUUCGUAAGUGUCACUAUGCCUUUAGGAGCUGUUUUGAGAGGUAUAUUAGAGGAGUUCGAAAAUGCGAGCUUCAGCAGAAUGUUUUUUACUCACUGGCCAUUUCAAGCUAGGCAAGAUUGCAAGGUAGCAUAUUGAAAAUAGUGCAAAAAAUGGACAGUACAGAGUGUUUGUGCUAUGUUUCUGCUUUGUUUCCAGAAAGUUGCACAGCAGUUUCAUACACAAGUGGCAGCUUGCACUUAACAUACUCGUUUUAUCAUGCUCUGAAUUGUCACUUAGUGGAAUUUGAUGUGUGUGUUGGAGUGCACCUACCAUUUCACUUCAAACUAUUUCACUUCAAUACAGUUUGUGAGUCUGCUGCCCAGCCAGCUUUUCCAGGAAGUCGAUUUUUCUGGGUAACCAAAACGUGGCCGUCACUGGGCUUAUGCUCAUCGAAGACUGCACUUUCAAAAAUUGUUGCUUUGUGGAAGUGGGUGUGAAUGCUUUUUUGAGAAAUGGGUAUAGCUGUCUUUUAUUUGGAUAUGUUUAUUAAAACCUGUUUUUGUUCUUAACACACAUAUAAUUUCUAUGAAAAGCACAGUACAGCGUGCUGUAGUAACAUCAUUGCAGUUGGAAUUACUACCCAGUAAGUGGGUAUACCGGAGAAGAAGGGAAAAAAAAAAAAAAAAAAAAAAAAAACCAGGGAGACUGCUCUUAUAUUUCUUUUUCUCUCACAGUGGUCUUACGAUAUGCACUUGAGCACUUGUCUGGUUGUAACAAUUAAUGGCUGGAGAAAUACAAGUUCUCCGUAAGGCAGAAACAAUAGAGACAUCUAUUUCUUGAGUGUCCGCAUGUAUAAGCUGCCAAACAUGUGUGCACACCUCAGAUCUUUUAACAGCAACGUGCAGAAGUGCCUUAUUGUUCCUUGUUCUAACAGCCACUGGCAUUAUCAGCAGCAAUAGGUCUAGUGGUCACUGCACCUCAGGUUGUGUUUCACAUGCACUUGGAAAAAAUGUAUCACAUAGGACCAACGAUGUGCUUUGAUCCACUUCAUGGCUGAUAAAGCAUACAUUUGAGCGUAUCUAUGCCAAGAUCAGUGCACAAUUGCAGCACCAGUGAUAUGGUGCAAUUAUUUCAAGUGCAGAUAGAAUACACCUUGAGCCUCAGUGCCCCUUUUACCUGAUCUCACUGAUAAUGCCACUGGAUCUCGAUUGAAAGUGCAGAAUUACUGGCACCUAUGUGCUUGUGCAUAGUUAUUGAAGGUACCGAGGAGUGCACAUUCUUUCUCGCUUCGCACAUAGUGUGGUUGUAAUGAACAACCUGCAAUUUUGCAGUUGCUAUAGACAGCAGAGAACAAGCAGGCAUCAUCCAUUUAUUUUCUCCUUUUCACUUUGAUGUUACUUUAGAAUAUUUUCGUUUUACCACAAGGAGGCAGAUAAAAGAUGCCCUGAGGUGCUUGCACAUCACUACAGUGGAGGCUUGUCAAUGCAGUUCAUCAUUUGGAUGAUCUGCGCUUUAAAAUCUCAAAACGGCGUUUCCACUGCCACUGACUCUUAGUGGUGGCAGUGCCUGCGUUAGCCUUAGGUAUGUUACAUUUGACCCACCGCACGAUUGUUCAGGGUGCUUGACCUAUUGCAUAAAACAUAGGGUUGUCCUUGUUAUCCAGGUUUCAGUGGCUGUGGCCAUCUUAUGUCAACAUUGCACAAGCAUAAAAUGUAGUUUGCAGCUAUGCUGUAGGAAUAGUUAUAAUUCAACUACCACUUUUUGGCCAUGUAUUUUCAAUAGUAUACACUGGCUUGCUGUUGAACUAGUCAUAGUGAGAACUUGAAUGUAGCAGUUACAAAGGUCUUGCUUGCAGGAUAAGUGCAGUUAAAUUUGAGAAAGUAGUCAAAGCAUUCAGUGCCACUUCAUAUGUCAUCUUUAUCCAGCCCUAAUGCCAGCUCUUAAUUUAACGCCAAAUUGUGCAGUUUCAUAUGCACAAUGCAUACAUUUGUCAAAUUAUGGUGUUUGUUUAUAUAUAUACAUAUGCAGAAAGGUAGGAAGUUUCAGUUAAGUGGAAUUAUUCGUGGCAGUGCACAAUCAAGAGUGUUAGUGAAGAAGGAUGUACAUUUAACCCGCAAUUAGAACAGUACAGCCAUUGGCAAGCAUAUACUCGCAUGACAUGCACCACGCUCACCCGUCUUCUGAAAGCAUUCACACCUAAACUUCUUGUAUAGCAUUUUCCCAUUUCCAGAGGCAACUGUUUGCUAGGUCAAGGAAGCAUUUUGUGAAAAUUGUUUCAUUGUAUGUUACACAGUACUAAAGCUGUUUCCAUCAGACUAAAAGGCACAUUGUACUUUCUAAAAAUUAAGUUUGCAUUCUCGAUAUGUACUGAUCAGAGUUUGCCAAGCAUUAUCCAUUGAUGAUGUCAUUCACAGCCCAAGAAUUUAGUUAAAAUUAUAGGCUUUUGGUGAGUUCUUUGGUGAAUGAGGUGGAAUGUGCUUGCACAUAUAAUGAGCAUAUACAGCUUUACUAAUCUCUGAAUUCUAGCGAGGUGAAUCUAUUUUGUGAAUUCUAGCAGCACUGUGCCUCUUCCAAUCACUGGACCAUUUGUGGCUGUUCGUAGUACGUGAUAUGAGUCACGCUAUACCGCAAGCAAUGGAAUACGAACUCCCCAAUAAGCAAGCGUAGUUCAUUUGAAAAUGCCGGGAUCAGGCUGCAACAGUUCCUCCUGGCCAAAACCCUCUAAGGCAGUUACACUGCUAUUGCUGGGCUAGUUGACAGACUCUCAUACUCUACUGUAAAUCACUAACUGGAAACUCCAGGGUACAUUGUGCUCCAAAAUGAAGGGUUGUCCUCUGGGCGAGGCAAACUUAAGGACGUGUACUGAAUAGGCAGGUUGGUAUCGAUCCAAAUGUAGUAUAAAGUUACAAUAACCUAUACAGUUUUCUUAAAAAAGAAGUCUUCACGAUUGAAGAAAUGUAUUGCGGUAUCAGCACUAAACCAAGCACCACUGUUUCCUAGGCAGUUCACUAUAUCAACUGAGCUAACUGGGAGGCUAGUAGAUGGCAAGGUGAACGUGAAUUAAUCAACAACCUGAAGUGCAGGAACACUGAAUAAGCAAACUGAUUCUGCAGAAAUGCACAGGGUAGAGGAAGUUUUAUGAACCCCUUUCAUAACUGUAAGGCCAGCUUUCCUAUGACGCAGACUGACAAGCUAUGAUGAUGGCUUAGUAGUUUUUGCAAUCAGCUCGUACAAGCAUAGUUUGUGCAUUUUAUGACAUGCAAAAUGUGUAGAUGUGGCUCUCGUAGUGAAACCAUGUGCAGGAGACAAGCCAGCAUGUGCAGCUCAGACUCCGUCUGCAUUUGAUCUGCGAGCGGCACCGCCACUAGAUGGGCAAAUGUGCUCGGCAGAGAAGUGCACUCGCGAAUUAGGAAAUAUGGUAGUUGGCAAGAACCAAAUGGUCACCUCAAAAGUAGCUUCAGGUGGAUGAUUUGGUAUAGGUAGUGCACAAAAAAACGAGAACCAGAGGUGAGAGUCGAUCAGGAUUGCUAUAUGGGCUUGUUGGUAUGAUAUCUACUUUGUUGUAGUGCAGGCUGAACGACAAGGAAACAAAAAGGCACAUUAGACAAACACACAGCGCUGUGCAUUUGUCUAAUGUUGUUCUGUUCGUGCUACAACAAAGAAAAGGUGAGAGAAAGCAGUUGCACAGAGGAAGGAGGCACUAUUUCUGCAGCGACACCUAUAGCACGACGCAUGUCCCUCUGUCUCUUUUUGUCCUCGUUUUUGGUGCGCUAUGUACAAUGAAUCGUGUGUUAAGGACCCAUCCAAACAAUUACGCUUCAGGUGGAUGCCAGCUUUAUCUGUCAGUAAAGCUUCCCCGACCUUGCAGUUUUUCACAGAAUUCAUUUCCUAGUGCAAAUUAAUUUGCUGUGCCAAUGCCGUUUUUGUCUCAACCUUGACAGCAUAGUGCUUGUGCUCUGUUACUCACCUUCAUCCUCACCUUUAUUGCACUCUUAGUUAUAUAUCACUGAUACAUGCCAAUCAACUCAGAUUUCUCUCCUCCCUAAGAGGGUGCACGCUCUGAAAGAAGGCAGCAAAGCACAAGUGUGCAGUCACGAGACACUAAAUUAUAUGGGAAGGCCAUUUUAUCUGCCAUUUGAAUGAAAUCAAGGAAAUGGCAAAGUUGUUCUUUUUAUACAGGUGCACAAGCACAUGAACAUUGAUUGCAGUUCUCUGUAAGCUGUUCUUCUACGGCUGGAAAAAAAAAUACAGCUGCUUGUUCCAUAUUUCAAAACUUCACUUUCUUGUUGUUCUAGUGUAGAAAGGAUUGCAACACACUGUUGGCCAGAUAACAGGGUUAAUACUCCUUAUUUUUACAUCUGUUUUGAAAAGCAUCCAUCAACAAGGCAACAUUUCAUUAUGUGUUUAGCAAUAAACAACAUAGCAAACCCUACGAAAAAUAAUUUUGCAAAAGGCUUUUUCUGUUCAUUGUUUCAAUGACGAGUUGGCUCAUUUUGUUCUGUGGACAAGAGCACUAAUAACUGGCUGUAACUUGCUUGGCAUGCAUCCAAGGAUUUGGCAUCCAUAGUAUUUCUUAAGGCUUGGAUUUAUAUUAGUACUGCUGCUUCUUUCCUAUACAGUAGACUUAAUUUGAAGUGAAUGUGAAAGGUGGACCUUGAAAGUGUGUUGUCUUACCAGAUGUUUGUAAACUCUUUUGUUUAUCAAGGUAUUUGGCUUAACAGAGCUUGCCCUAAAGAUAGUCUAUUGUAGUUUUGCUCACUGCAGCUGGGGACAAAUGUUUACAGGCCGUGGAAAAUGUACAAAAAAGGAAAUUCUAGCAUUUAAAAAGAAUUUCCUUGCUCCUGGUUGAGGGCUGUGAGCUUUUGUCACCAGUAGUACAGAUCUUCUGUAGUGUAAUAAUGCAUUGCACUCGCUCAAAAACAUUUUUUGUUGUUUUCUUGGAAUACACGCAAUGCAGAGUAAGAUAUGUAGAAAUUGCUGCAGAGCUCUUAUGUUACAGCACAUUGCCUACCAUGUUUAAGCAAUGUUACAGUGCCUGUAUGCCCCCAUUAACACUGCUGAGCCUGUCUUUAAUGACAUUUUGUACUCCCUGCCAUGAUUUCUUGGAAUUUUCUUGGAGCCGCACUAUCGCUGCUGUUAUCGCGUGAGUGAAACAGUCUAUAGGCACACUACAGUUGUAAACACGGACUGCAUUGGUGACUCAUCAAUCAAGGUGAAUAGAGAAGGGACCACAAAUGUGUGGCUGACAAUAAGGCAGUUCUGGUGUUGAUACCACCAACAUGGCGUCAGCGAGUGUACACCGUAUUUGAUCAUGCAAGACCUUCACUCUUAUUCCAUUGCAGGGUGCAAAUCUUGCACAAGUCAGAAUAGCGGCCACUUGCUCAUACCAAGUACUGCACUGCGACUGCUACUCACAAUCUUCUAUCACUAAUGACACAGUUCGAAGACUAUUAUUCUUCAGUAGUUUCAUCACUUUUAAUGUUCCAAUUGCUAAACAUGAAUUGCUGCAUGCAUUAAUAUUAAUGCAAGCACCAUUUGGUGAAGCUCUUUUCCCAAUUUAUUUUGCCUGGGCUGUAGGGAAUGCAGGCCUUACAUGAGUAAAUAUGGUACAUGCAUGCACACAACCACCUUACUUUAAACUUCUAGUGUCAGACAGUAUUGCUCCUGUUUGCGUUGAUGCUCCAAACAUCUUAACAACAACAAAGUAACACCAAAACAAGCUUUGUAAUGCUAAAGCUCUGGCAGUGCUGUAGUCUGAAAUAGCACUGUGAUAUUUGUUUAGAGCCUCACCAUUUAGUUCAGGGGAAACAAAAUAUGUGGUGUCGUGUGAGAAAAAGCACCACAAACAUAUUUAUGGUGUAGGCUAUUUCUCGAAAUCAUUCAACUUGUCAGAAUAUACCAUCAGGCAUGCAUUUCUAUCACACAUCACCCCAAACAGUGCCAUGUUACUAUAGACACUUUCGCUGUUUACAAACAUACGCCCUGGACGGCUUCUGGUUUGGCUCACUGACGUAGUCCGCUAAAUAUAGCGAGCAAGAAAGGCAAUGGUGGUGAUAUAGAUUAGCAGGAGUGCACUUUGUGAUCCAGCACAGUAGACGGAAUUUUCUUGGAGCCGCACUAUCGCUGCUGUUAUCGCGCGAAGUGAAACAGUCUAUAGGCACACUACAGUCGUAAACACGGACUGCAUUGGUGACUCGAACAGUGCAUGGUACAUUACAUUAUGUAUAGUUGAUCAAAUUACUUUUGGCUAUUUUAUGCUAUUAUUCUUGAUAUUUAGAACGUUUUUUUUUUCUCUUUCUUUUUUUCGCUAAGUGAUCUCAAUGGACAGUUAAAGAGCUGGGCUGCGAUUUUCUAGCGAUGCCUUUUCCAAUGCUAUUCCUUUUUGCACUUUGUCAGCGGUCAGCAUCACGCUCCGCUCGUUUGUCAAUGGGAUCAGCUGGUCAUGAAUGGUAGCCUUCAUGUGCUUCAGCACAAAUGUGCCUUCAGAAGCUCUCAUAAACGUAAUACCAUUCAUCCACAAAUGAUUUCACUGCAGGUGACAGUACAAGUGGCAGCUCAACAUUUCAAUAUUGCUGAAAUACACUAAAACAGGAAUAGGAAGCAACCCAGAAGCCAAUGGCAGCGUUAAUCAGUCAGAGCUACAGUUAUUGUUUGGUAUGUUUGCCAAGCUGUUCCGCAUCAAGAGGAAAUAUAGGUUGAGUAUCACGAUAGUUGCAUUUGUUUCUAAGGGCCCAAGGCCCCCACAUUUGCAAGCAUACCCCUCCCUCUCUCUCACACACACAUACUUUCAUGAACAUUGAACAAAAUUCCCAACAUCACUAGUGCCAUUCAGCACUAAAGUUGCUUACAUAAUGUUAACUCUUCUUUGCACAUUUCCAGUGAUUCACAGUGCACUUUUGUUUCCACUCACAAGAAAAGUUUUGAGGUUAUAUAAGCAUGGUGUGAAAGAACCUUGUGACAACUGUUGUGUUAGUGUGCCGGAUACUACUUCAUACCGAGCAUUACCGCACAGAAACAAAUGCCACAAGGCCACUGCGACAGAAACAACUAGUAAUAACCUUCAUGCGACAUUCUUUAUUUUCUAGUAUUGAUGAAUGUCCGAACAAGUACUGUGCAUUCUGAAUGGCUAUGCCAGCAUUCAUCAACAUGAACAGGACAAAAACUUGUCUGAGUCCUCUAUACUUACUUUUGACAGAGCCUAUACACAAAUGUGCCCUCAAGGUAUGGAGCUCGAAGACACACUAUGAACAGUGGGGUAAACAGAUUUUUUCUGCUUACACCACAAGCUUCAGUCUUGAUAGUAUGCCACGCUGUGUUUUCUGCACUACUCCUGGACACCCACCAACAGUUCUUAGCUCAAAUAUUUUUUGUUAGCUUAUUGAGCAAGAUAAGGGGUGACACCACUUAACUGUGGUGCAAAAACUGACAGGAUAGAGAUUUGGGCUAGUUGGUUGAAGAUUUUAAACUGCAGUGCUAGAAAAAGACGCAACACAAAGAAUGGCAAGAACACAGCGCAGUGUUGUUGCAUGGUUCUUUUUUGUGUCACUUCCAUUUCAUGUGCUGCAGUUCAAGAUGUAGAGUGCAAGGCAGUGUACAAGCAAAAAAAAAAUAAUAAUAAUAAUUCUCUAUCCUCUCUAAGCACACAGCUUACUUGAGCAUACUUGCUGCACACAACUUACACGGUGUGUCUCCCUUGAAGAAGCUAGACUGUGCUCUUAGGCCACAGAAAUUUGGUUUUAUCACAAGUUUCGCAUCGUGAAAGCUUUUGUUUGCAGGUGUAGAUACCAUGCUAUUCUCUUCUUUUGCUGUCUUACUUGUGCUACAGUUCAGUAUGAUCAGCCCUCACCAAUUGACCCAAUUUUCUGUUCCACUGAUCAUAAGGAAUAUGGCAUUAAAGGGAGAACAAGAGCAGUUAUGCUUACAGACUUGGGAAGAUUGCAAUGUACCAUGCAUUCAAACUGGAACUGUUCUGAUGUUAGUGGUUACAAAAGAUAAAUUUUGCCAGCUGCACAUUAAUAAACCUUGUGCUUUAUUAUGCUUUGCAGAAUACAUAUACCAAAGUACAAAAACAGAAUGACAUCACUGCCGGAGGUUUUGGAUUGUUAAAGCAACACAUGCUUGAUUUGUAUUUUCUUUUCCCCCUUUCUGUUCACACGUUGACCAAACUUCUGCUACCCCACAUGGUGAAGACAAGUUCGUAGCAGUGCAAAGCUCUUAUAACAUAGCAGCCCUGAUUCUGUUCUCAUUCUAUUCCUAUAGUCAAAUUCUUACUUAGAACAAUAAAAAUGCAAAACAUAAAAUAUUGCAUCCAGGAUACUUUUCAAAAGAACUCAAGUUCUUUGUUAGUGCCAACUGUGCCAGUUAGUUGAGCAAUGGUCAAGUCCUUGGUGCACAUUGCUCCCGCCAAAUUAUUGUUUGUGAAGGGUAACCAGAUUAUUUUUCAGCACUGGUACAGUGUCAGCGGUGUCACUUUUUAUGCUGUGACCCUUCAUAUGUGCCUGCUUGUUAAUGCAGUUGACAAACUUGAAGCAAUAUUUAUUCACCCUUGUUGUUCAUGCUCAGGCACACAUUAAUCACCUGUUAGCAAAUGUUAAUGUUCCCAAGAUGCUCUUGUUGUUAGCAUAAUGUCUUAGUAACGGUUGUUGCCAUAAGCAUAUAGCAUGCUUACUGUGAGUGUAGUGCCAGAAAGUGAGCCUUUUAAGCUACUUAAACCAUGUACACAUAAUUUAGAAAGGUGGGGUAAUCUGCCACACACACUGUAGCGCGACACUUCAAAAGAGGAAAUGAGAUCGAACAAGGGAGUUGAUUGAGGAGUCAAGUGAAGGUACACUUCGAAUGUAGUUAAUUCGAAUGAGUGCAUGCAUGGUUCGCGAGCACUGCUUUAUGCACAUUUAGGAAGACGUAAUGCUAGUAAUAGUCUGAGAGAUGUGCCCAGUUGCAGCUUGUGGGUCCCACAUUUCCCUGUAUGGUACAGGUACAGCAUAUGUAUCGGGUUGUGUUGGAAUGUUUGGGGCACAGUUCUUCUGCACACCGCAUUGUUAAAAUAUACUGCAAGCAACGUAACAUAUGUAAAACCCUGUGCAUUGAGCAUAUUGUGCACAUUUGUGUUGCAGUGAAAUUGGUCAAGAUUAUGUUCAUUCAUCCACCAAUGCUGCACUUUUGACAAUCAACUUUUAACCUACUAAUAUUUAAAGAAUACCUUGGAAAAAAUUAUCUGUGUUGUGGAAGUAUGUCUUAACUGUUUGAUGCUAGUUUGCAAAACACCGCUGCAAUUUACGUGAAGUACAGUUUAUGCGAAAGUAGUCACCUUCAUGCAUUACGCAUAUUCAUAGAAGUCAUCUUAAAGAAAUACUGAAAAAUUUUUUUUCUCUCGCUUCCUUUUGCUUUAGUUGAACAUCAGCUUUGUAAUCGUGGUAUGGGUCUUCAAUUAACAAAGCAUUAAUUAUAUCAUCUUUUAAUGCAAUCACAGUUCGAAAUGCGUGCCAAGUGGAGCACAGCCUGAGGCAUAGGGCAUGUUCAGUGGGCCUCCUAAUUACCAACAAAAAUUGGAUGCAGUGGUCAUGUGGUGGCACAGACUACUGACAGAUUCAUUAGUCAUCCGAGUGCAGCAAUUGCAAGCCACACCGUGACGGUGCUGCUGAAAGCUGGGCAUACGCUGCCACAUCAUCCAUUUCUUCCUCCUCCAUGUUUGACACAAGAGAGGCUUGGUCCUCUGCUGUCGGUUCUCUCAGAAUGCAGAGCAACCCCCCCCCCCCCCCCCAGACUUUCUUUGCACUAUUAAGCCCGACCCUCAUAGAACGAAUUUCCGGCGUCCAAGCGGCGAACUUCAUCCGACGGCGGCCGCUCGUCGGCCACCGUCGGAAAUCAGGACGCGUGCCACCAACUUGGAGGGGAUAUCUUCGCCCGCCGCCGGAAGCGUUCAGUGCGCGGCGACAAGCCCGAUCCAAUCAGGAGGCAGCACUUCCGGCCGUUGCAUCAUGGGAUUGAGUUGACGUAAAACAUGGCGGCGGUCCCGGUCGCCCACUUCGAACUGAAUUUGGCAUUUUCGUAUAAUUCACUUCGUUCGUAUCAAAUGACUGCGCAAACGGCUUUUGCUUAGUCUCAUGCCGCUUCGACGAGAGAGUGUUAUAGCUAAUCUUGAGCAAUUUUCGAGAUCGCUUCUCGUUUCGAACGCGCCUAAGCCUAACGAGAGAAAUUUUCUUUGGGAUGCGAGCGCCACCUGUCGGUAAAGUUGGGAGAUAGGUGCGACGACGGCAUAUAGCCUCUGAGAUAAGAAUAUUUCGGAGGUUAUGCUAGACAGCUUGUACUGCUUGUCUGUUUCGCUGCAGAUCGGCGGACAAGGGAGGUAAAAAUAGAACGCGCUCCUGGCUUCCAUUGCACUGCCUCUCGCACUUUCCGGAUGCACACACACAUAGAAUUACUUAGGUGCCCUAUGUAUGCGAAAUUCAAAGCGUAAUGGAAUAGCUUCCCACACGUUAACUACGCUAUCACACUAUACUAAAACUCUCUGCAAAGUUUGUUUGCGGAACGGUAACGCUAUUUCCCUUAACCACGCUAUUACGCUUACGUUAAACUAAAACUGUCUAAUGACACUACCCACUGUAUCCGCAUGGGCACAAUUUUGGCAGAGCCAAGCUGUUUUCUGCGCUUUCUGGAGGUUGCGAAUAGCCAAGCGUAAAAGGGAGAAGAACUAACUCAAUAAAAAAUAUAAAACAUUAAGUUAUGACGUUAUUAAGUGUCGCAACAUGCUAAACCUUACUGUGGAUUAGAUUUAAAAAACAGUAAUCUCCUGCUUCACGGCUGGCCAAAUUGAUAGCGGCUUGGCGGCGUUCGCCGCUGGAUCAUCGCAUGAGGGGCGGUGAGGCGAAAACAUGGCGGCGCGUCUCGCUACAUUUCUUGACGCGCGAACAUCGUCGAGGAAGUUCGCUCCAUGAGGAUCGGGCUUUAUCCAGUUGAGUGCUUAAUAUUUUGGCAUUUGGCAACACGUUCAUGGAGUGGCUAGCACUCUAACUGACCCAUAUGCCAGUUGUUUGUGAUACCAAUGAUCAACGUCUCCGAGGACUUCAGUGAUGUAACGAAGAAGCCUGCUUCAAUUCCAAGCCGAUGUCGUGCAGCACUUGCCGUACAUUUAGAAUGGGUUGCAUUACAGUAUGAUGUAAUUAACUAUUUGUUGCACUGUCAUCGAAUUGAGGCUUCAUGCCAUAAGAAAUCGGUCGACAUCAAUCCCUUAAAAGAAAAAAAAAACGAGAGGGAAACCUUGUGUCAAUGCUCUUUUAAGCAUGCCCGAUAGUCGUGUAUACGAUCACUGUGGUGUGUGCCCAUCUCUUCAGAAGGAACACAAUGGAAACCAGCGUACCAGUGCGUGGCACAUUUGCACAGGCAGGUUUGAGCAGGACUCUUAUGUGCAAAGCCAAUCCACCCACUAAGUGGAUACUUCAGGUGGAUUGGCGUCUUGGUGCAUUGUCCUAUGUCAGAUGCAAAGUUGCAUAAAGUGACCAUUCCCACAUAUGCCACAGACAAUGCUUUGCUUCUUUGCAAAGUGCUUAUGUGGUUCUGAAGGCCGCACAAACAAGAGAUGUUAUGUUCUUUUGCACUGUCACACUUAGGAAUGUCUGUGUAGCACUGUUGAAGUUACCCAUCUAAUGGAUAGCACAAGGCCUUGUGGUGCUGCUGCCAGAUUCCAAAUACUAAAAAAAAAAACAUCAGCAGGCAUCCAUGUGCAUUUCUCCAACAAUGGGCAUUCAUAGGCACCAGCUCACUGUCUCUCAUGGCGAGUUGCCUAACAUACAAGCAUGUGCAAGCUUUUGUCUGAGCAACUGAUUACUACUUUACAUGCUGUAGUGUGUUCAUCAGAAAAAAGAAAGCUUGUGUUAUGCUGACAUUGUAACUAUGCUAAUUCUGACAUAGCAUAGGCACACAAUGAAAAAUCUAUACAAUAUUAUUGUACUUGGCUACUAUGGCUCUCCAACAGUGACGGCUAUUUGAAUAAGACUACCCAAAACGUGCCUUGGCUGACAAACAAGCUCAAGUUGCACUAGAACAUCAAUAGUUGUUCAGUGGCUGUGCAACUAAGAGGCGUGUGCACAUAGCUGUCUGCUCUGCAUUCCUCCCUGCUACACGUUAUCAAUCUUGGCUCUAUUUUUCCUUCACAGAGAAAGGCUGUAGUACUUUGUCUAUGGCGCAAGUUCACUCACAACUGUUAUCACUGUUCUACUCGCAGACGUAUGCACACAGCUACCUUGAUCACAAACACUUGUACAUAGCAGAUCUGCCUUGAAGUGCGCUGGUGUUAUACAUUGCAAUAGUGGACAUCACUAUUUGUGCAUUUCCUUUCAUUCGUUUUACUGCUAGCAAGCAUUUUCGUGUAAGGCGGCUUACUUAUUACCUUUUCACCAUUAUUGAUCACCAUGUGCUAUCCUGAGCAAUGUGAAAAGUGCACACGCUUUGCAUUGUCUCUGUGUCUUUCUUGAAAGCAGGCUCCUUUUCUUGUCAGCAUUAUAAUCUACUAGUCUUCUGUCACUCAGUGACAAGCUUUGCAUAGUGCACAUAAAUUCACUUGUAUAGCAUGCAUAUUAUCAGGCUUAGUGCUGUUCAAGAUGCCCUUAAGGAAAUGUACUCAUCAUGGGACCUCCUGGCAAAAGCACGUUGGCAGGUUAGGAUUCAUUAUAAUGCUGUGCAGCAUGACGAGACAAGGAUAGACAAGAAAAUGGCGCAAACACUUCACUUCUGUGUUUUUACAGAAUGAAAAUGACGGAGAAGGAAAUGACAGCACUUCUGUCAUUUUCUUCUCUGUCCUCAUCUAGUCAUGCUGCAGUGUUAUCAUGAACCUAAUGGCAUUGUAUCUGCAACUUACUCCACAAUGUUUCAUGUGUGAUAAAAACAAAAACACCUGCAUGCAUAUUGUGGACCCGAAGAUUGUAGCAUGAGAAUUGACCAAGAGUUUUAAAGAUUGUAUGACGAACCCUGUGCUCAUAAUAAAUCAUUUUUGCAUCACUGUUAA